AUGCAGUAUAUUUGCAUGUGCAUGCUUGCUGUGGUCGUGGCCGCGGCGUUGGCCGAGAUCAUGGGGAUAUCCAGCGGGCCGUCGGCGGAUGAGUACAUAUAUUUGGGCAUGGAAUAUGACGCUCAGCCGGCUGCGUACAAAUAUUCAGAUGAAGAAUGUGACGCUCAGUCUGUACCGAUGACCUCGUCCUCUGCGCCGUGGCAUGAGAGGUAUCUGGAGACAGUGCAAGCAUGGUGGACGCUAAAAGUAACCCAUCGUCGCGAAGCUGGCCAUCUUCAAUAUGUUGCGGACUCUGCAGGGCUACCAAUAUCAUUCAACGACGGGGGAAAAUACCAUGUGAUCCGGCAGGGGGCGUUCUCAGCACUGGGCUGGGUGAUGGGAGCGAUCCGGAGGUGA